AUGGCUCGACUCGACACCGCAUCCCUCGUGGCCCUGGCGGCCUUCUUCGUGCUCUGUUGCGCGGCGUCCUCGGCGGCGGCGCAGGCCUCCAUGACGGCAGACCUCGGGGCGAUGCAGGCGUCGCCGUCGUGCGACCGGGCGCUGGGGCAGUGCGCGGUGGGGAGCGACGAGGAGGACGAGUACGCGGAGCUGGGCGGCGGCGAGGCGUCCCUGCGGCGGGCCAUGGCGCAGCGGCAGCCGACCAACCGGUACAUCAGCUACGCGGCGCUGCGCGCGGACCAGGUGCCCUGCAACCAGCGCGGCCGCUCCUACUACAGCAACUGCGCGUCGCAGCAGCCCGCCAACCCCUACCGCCGGGGGUGCUCCGCCAUCACCCGCUGCGCGCGCAACACCAACUGA